AGAUAAGGAGGUCGUCAGGAUCGCACAAACAGUCAACAACCCAAUUCCUCAUUUCGAUUGACGAUGCAAUUUUUGUUCCUUGCAUCGCUGUUUUCGGGAGCCACAGUACAGGCUGACGUUGUUUCCCGAUAUCGUAUAGUCGCGCGACCGACUUCCCGACUGGGGGCUCCGCCACGAGGAUUGCAGUCGUCAGCCUCCGACAUUGAUGGGUCCUCCCUUUCCUUCGACGGCAACGUCUCCGCCAUACAACAAUUGGCAUUGGAAAAAUCCAUGACGAACGUGCUGGCGCCAACUGCCAGUCCAACAACGAUAACGACUUCCGAACCUACCCCCGCCACCAGUGCGUUCGUGCCGUUUACCUGCCCGGAAGAUUCCAUCGAGACGUUGCAGCUCCUAACCUGGGACUACGCUGUGGAAAUUUUACCAGAUACGGACCUGGCGCCGUUACUAAACGAGGUGGAAUGGGCCCUGCAGGUAGCCUUGGCCCCACGUUUGCUCGCCUGUCAAAACGAAGAUUUAGCGGAUGUGGCCAUAGUGGCUUUGGACGCGGAACCCAUGGAUACAGCUCAUCCUACUGCCAUCUGCGAGCCACUGGACGAUGAAAAUGACUGUGUGGUGUACCAGGGCCGUAUGCGCCUUUUCUUGGGCAACGAAACACAGGAUGAGGCGAUGCGUGAGGGGCGUCUCGCCACAGAAAAUAUCAUUUCAUCCAUAAGUUUUGCGGCUAGCAUCGGAUUGGGCCUAGUGCGAACCGAAUAUUUGGGACCCGUUUUGACGGAGCCUACUCCCAUCGUCCCUCCGAUCGCAGAAGAUGAUGAUAUUGACGGGAACAGAACGUUGGGAAAUGCCUCGAUUGCGGUUAUUGCCGCAGCCAGUGCCGCUCUUGUUGUUUUGGUAGGCUCGGUGUACUUCUGGCGACCAGGAGGCGAGGAACACUCUGCGGAUGGAGCAGCCACCCAAGCAGCGGGAUCCUCCAUGCACGAGACUGGUAUGGCAGAAGAUUCCACCUCAUCGCCGUUUUCCAAAAUGCUUCCCAACUCCUACCAAUUUACCGAAGAAAUGAGUAUCCUUUCGGUCCAUAGCUUAGAUAACCGGAUCGGACUCAGCGCAGUCCCCGAAAUACCAUCAGGAGACGAGAUGUCAUGCGGAAGUCAAAGUAUUGUGAUGUCCGACUCUGGAUACACCGCAGAAGCCAACGAUUCUAUGAGCUUUGACCUGCCUAAAUCAUUGUACAUGCGUCCCGCCGACUCGCCCAUGUUGCUGGGUGCCAAGAAGCGUAUGGGAUCAGCCACCACAGCCAACCAGAGUGAUAUUUUUUCCGAGAUCAGUAGCUCGGAUGAAUCAUCAACAUCUUCCGCCUCCGCGAUUCCGGAUCAAGACUUACUGGCGGAUACCAUGCUGCUUAAUUCAUCCAUUGAUUCGAAGUGCGCAGGCAAUGCGGUGCCCGCCAACGUUCUGGAUCAGUCGGCCCUUUCCGAAGAUGAGGAUUUGCUGUUUCUUUGA